UGAUCAACACCGGUCGCUCAAAUCGAACGCAGGUAUUUGAGAAUAAGAACUAUUAAGUAUCUCAUAUGAACCUCAAAUAUGGUGUCAACACCGCCAGUCUCUCCUCGAACACCCGCCCCUCAAGCCGGCUUCAACAAGGCUCUUACUUCUUUCAAGAAUCGACUAACUCCCUCCGAAGCAGCCCAGUUUCAAGUUGUUACACUUGAUGACUUGAAAGUGACUAUUCUAGCCAUACAGGCAGACCAGCGAGCUCGGAAGCAGAUGAUGCACAUGGAUAGGAUCCUUUCGUUCUUAGAAGCUAUGGACCAAUUUGGAAAAGUGAUUGAAACAUUUCUCAAUGUUUCUGAAAUGCUUGCAUUCAUAUGGGGCCCAAUAAAAUUCCUGCUUCUGACUGCUACUACCUGGCUUGAGUCUUUUGAUGCGCUCCUCGACGCAUACCAGCUCAUUGCGGAGAGCUUACCUAUAUUCGAAAUCUACCAGGAUCUGUUUAGCGAGAGCAGUCGAAUGCAAGGAAUACUUGAAUGCAUUUGGACCAAUAUUCUUGAUUUUCACAUCCGCGCUAUACGCAUCUUUGACCAGUCUAUGAUAAAACUCUUUUUUAGAUCCCUUUGGAAGGAUUUCAACAGCCGGUUUCAACAUAUUAUUAGCGACCUUCAGCGCCAGAAAGCUCUCAUAGAAAGCCAUGCAAAUCAAAUCCAUAUCUGUAACUACGAGUCAGACCGGGUUAAGAUCCGAGAAGAAUUCGAGCAGGCCCGGGCUUCUCGUGCUGCAGAAAAAAAGGCAUAUGUUUUGCAGUGGAUUAUGGCACCGAAGACCGUUUUAGAUCAUGAAUCUCUCUGCUCCGUACGGAGAGAGCAAUUAGAUAUUACGGGCCAACAAACAGCACAGUGGAUUCUGAAAAAUAAUGAAGUUGAGGCAUGGCUGGCCUCCCAAGUGCCGAAAUCCUCUACUGUAUGGUUAAGUGGAAUUGCUGGAGCAGGUAAGAGCGUGCUUACGUCUGUGAUCGUGGACGAGAUCAAGGAAAAAGAUCUCGGACCGAUGGCGUUUUUCUACUGCAAGCAUCGAGAUCCCGAUAAGAACACAUUUAUAUCCGUCGCAAAAGCGCUAUUGAGCCAGUUAUUAAAUCAACAGGAUCAUCUUAUGCCCUUCUACUACGACGAGGGGAUCAGAAGUGGGGAGAGCUCCCUGCAUUCCAUGAAACUAUGCAAGAAACUCCUUCGCGCUAUAUUGCAAGCCAUUCCAGUAGCCUUCUUAGUUAUUGAUGGUAUCGACGAGUGUGAUUCCAAUGAGAGGAAAUCGAUCCUAACGUUUCUCAGCGAUAUUAUCAAUCUUUGUGACAAUAAUAAGCCUGGGAAAAUACGACUGUUUAUUUCUAGUCGCGACGAAUCGGAUAUCAGAAGAGCUCUUUUGAUGGGAACAAGGAUCAAACUCGAUCGUCGAGACACAAUACAAGACCUAAAUGUAUAUAUCGAACACAGGGCCAGCGAGUUGCAGCGAAAGUUUGGGUUAAGUGCAGAAGCCCAACGAUAUAUCCAACAGAACGUCUUAGAUAAGUCUGAUGGGAUGUUUUUAUAUGCCAAGCUCGUGAUGGCCAACCUAGAAGGACAACCAACCCUUCAUCAUCUUCACGAAGAGUUCGACAGCCUCCCAAGUGGUCUUGAGGAAGCUUAUGGCCGAAAUCUGUACAGAAUUAAAACCAAUUCGAACAAAAGCAAAGCAGAUGUCGCUCGAAGGAUUCUUCUUCUAAUGGUCUGCGCGAGGAGACCUUUGCGAUGGCGAGAGCUUCAAGCCGCCAUUUCAAUCAGCCCAGACGAUCUAGCCCUUGAUAUAGCACGACGACUACCCCAAGAUUCCGACGUGACAGAAAUGUGUGGCUCAUUGGUUGAAGUCCUUCCCGGCGAUAGAGUGGAGUUUAUCCACAUUACAGCGUCUCUAUAUAUUGUAGACCUGGGAUAUUCGCCCCUGUUUGAGGCAGAACAUGCCAUGGCAAUGCUCUGCCUUUACUAUUUGGCCUUUGAAUAUUUUGAAGAGGACCGAGGAGAUGAUGAUAUACUUCAACUAAUAAGAAAAGGGUAUUAUGCGUUUCAGGAUUACGCUGCCGCCCAUUGGGCUGAUCAUUUUCUUGCCAUGCUUUCUACGCCAGAAACAAUUACACAGGAAUGGUUUGCUGAAAGUACAGAGACCUCGAAUGCACUGACAAUAUUCGCCGACCGCUUCCACGCCGAUUUAGCUGCGUCGUCGACAGUUUCAAAGACACCCCCAGACUAUUCCCUAUUUUCUUCUCUUGGUUGCUUUCCAGCUAUGACUAUGAUCUGGAAGCACGCGGAACCUCGGAGGCUUCUGAUAGACGACAGAAGAGACAAUAUUGGUCUAGUAUCACUAGGGAAGAGUAUAGAAAGAAACCGACAUGUCCUUGAAGAGCAUGUAGAGUCAAUCACGGAUGACGGGGCUGAGACGACCGCUCUCGAAAAGUUCUACGGUGCCAAUUGGUUCAAAUGUACGAAAGCAUCAUGUUACUACUUCCACGAAGGGUUCAAUUCUCGGGCGUCAAGACAGCAGCAUUAUGACCGCCACGAGCGGCCGUUUAGGUGUGACGAAGAGAACUGCCCGGCGGCGCGGAUCGGGUUCGGUUCCCUUAAAGAAUUGGAGAAGCAUAAGAGGAAUGUGCAUCCCGGGAUCGAUAAACUGUCUUCAACAUUUGCCAGGUUCAAGCGGGGUAGUAAAGGGCAGGCCGUGUUAUUAAAGUAUCUUUGCCCACGCUGUCCGCUCAAAUUUGCUACGCGGCUCCAGUGUCGAAGCCAUAUGACGUCGCAUAACCCUAUAAUUCAUCCUAAGCACCCAGUUAUGGAGUAAUCGAAAUUAGACUUCGCAUGUAAGAAAAGAACUAAAUUACUUUUAUCCUUUUUUCUAUAGUUAUGUAAACAAAGACUAUCUUUGGUCACGUGGAUUUACAUUGGUAUAUCUUGCAAUAUGUUGUAUCACCAUCUUAUCCACCCUUUUGACGCUAAAAUUUCCGUCGGUUCCGGCGAACCAACCAAC